AGCGGGGACGCCCGCAAGAGCCGCAUGCACCAGAGGAUCGCCAAGCAAUACCAGGAUGCCAUAAAAGCCUAUAAAGCUGGGAGAAAAGUGAAUUUUUCUGAGCUACCUGUUCCUCCUGGAUUUCCCCCUCUUCCUGGUGUUGCAGCAGUGGAUGGUGACAGUACAAUAGCUGCUGUUUUGGAAAGUGCCAGCAAGCUGGCAAACAUGGAGGAGAAUGAUGAAGAGGAGGAGAAGGAAGCUGUGACGCAGGCCCCGGUUGCCAAGAAGCCUGCUCAGCUGCCUGGAAAGCCGACUCAGGUCGUUAAGCCAAUUACAGGGCCAUCUGCUGCAGUCUCUGAGGAGGAGAGCUCUCCUGAACGGGGCACACCAGCCCCAUCACCCCCCACUCUGGGCAAGGCAGAGGCAGUGGAUCAGCUCCCUCCAGCUGCUAGGGAACAGCUGGAAUUUCUGGAGAACAGAAGGAAGCAAUACCUGAAGGCAGCUGUCAAGGCAAAGAAGGAAAAUAACCUUGAACAGGCUAAGAUGUACCUCAGAACAGCUAAGAGCUUUGACCUAAGGAUUGAGCAAGCAAAAUGUGGGAAACCUGUUGAUAUUUCCAAGUUGCCAUCACCCCCUACAGAUGAUGAGGGUGAUUUUAUCUUCAUACACCAUGAAGAUGUCAGACUGUCUCAGAAAGCAGAUGAAGUAUAUGCACAGCUCAUAAAAUUGCUGAAGGACCAACAUGAGAGGUGUUUGCAGUACUCCAAGCAAUUUAUGCACCUGGGAAAUGUGGCAGAAACGACUCGGUUUGAGAAACUGGCACAAGGUUGUAAAAAGGACAUGGAAAUCCUGCAGCUUGCACGAGCACAAGGAAUGGAUCCUCCAAGCCAUCACUUUGAGGAAAGAACCUUUAAAAUGAUAAGGAUAUUUUCUGAGCUCAACAGCACAGAAAUGCACCUUCUUAUUGUCAGGGGGAUAAACCUACCAGCUCCGCCAGGUGUGUCCCCCAAAGAUCUGGAUGCAUUUGUGAAGUUUGAGUUCCAGUACCCGAGCGCGGAGCAACCUCAAAAGAGUAAAACACCUGUAAUUAACAAUAACAAUUCUCCAGAGUAUAACCAGUUGUUUAAGUUGAACAUCAACCGAAAUCACAGAGGCUUCCGACGAGCCAUUCGGUCCAAAGGAAUUAAAUUCGAAGUGUUCCAUAAAGGGUCCUUUUUCAGAAGUGACAAGCAGGUGGGGACAGCACACUUGAAACUGGAAAAGCUGGAAUCGGAAUGUGAAGUUAGAGAGAUCAUCGAGAUUUUUGAUGGCAGAAAGCCCACUGGAGGGAAACUGGAGGUAAAAGUGAGACUCAGGGAGCCUCUCAGUGGUCAAGAUCUUCAAACAAUUACAGAAAAUUGGCUGGUCCUUGAACACUAGUUCUAUCUGAG